CCAGGAGUACCUGGUAGAGAAGGUGUUCGCGGUGCGAAGGGAGCACCUGGAGAGAAGGGAGAGCCAGGACCACAAGGACAGAAGGGACCUGCUGGAUAUCCUGGACGUGACGGACAACGCGGAAACGAUGGCGAGGUCGGGCCUGCUGGACCUCAAGGACCACCUGGCUUGCCAGGAGAACGGGGACAGCAAGGUGUUGCCGGAGCUCCAGGACAACCUGGACCUGACGGCUCCUACUGUAAAUGCCCGGAACGAAGCUUGGGCGUUAACAAAUACGGUGCCGGUGAGAAGCCGGUGUCUGUCGAGCCGCCUUCAUACGAACCCUCAGCGGCCGUGCAGGCGCCAGCUCCAUCGUACGAGGCAUCUGCGGAGACUCCACGUAGUCCAUACCGCAAGUGGAAAUGGCUUCAGUAA